AUGUCAAAAGAACAACCAGCUGAAAGUAAAUUGUGGGGUGGUAGAUUCACCGGUGCUACUGAUCCAUUAAUGGACUUAUACAAUGCUUCAUUGCCAUAUGACAAGAGAAUGUUUGAAGCAGACUUAAAUUGUACAAAAGUUUAUACACAAGGAUUAAAUAAGAUUGGGUUGAUUAGUGAUGAAGAGUUGGUGGCUAUUCACAAAGGAUUAGGCGAGAUCCAAAAAGAAUGGGAGGCUGGCACCUUUGUUGAAAAGCCUGGAGAUGAAGAUAUUCACACUGCUAAUGAAAGAAGAUUAGGAGAAAUUAUUGGUAAACACAUUGCAGGAAAAGUUCACACUGGUAGAUCUAGAAAUGACCAAGUUGCUACUGACAUGAGAAUCUAUGUCCGUGAAAACUUGACCAAGUUGCUUGAAUUUUUGGCAGGAUUCAUUAAGACCAUUUCUAAGAGAGCCAAAGAAGAAAUUGAUGUUUUGAUGCCAGGGUACACUCACUUGCAAAAAGCGCAACCUAUUAGAUGGUCUCAUUGGUUAUCCAUGUAUGCUACAUAUUUCACCGAAGAUUACAAGAGAUUGAAGCAAAUCUUGGAAAGAGUCAACCAAUGUCCCUUAGGUGCUGGUGCUUUAGCUGGUCAUCCUUACGGUAUCGAUAGAGAAUUUUUAUCCCAAGGAUUGGGUUUUGAUUUCCCUAUCGGUAACUCAUUGACUGCUGUCAGUGAUCGUGAUUUUGUUGUUGAAACUUUAUUCUGGUCAACUUUAUUCAUGAAUCAUAUUUCUCGUUUCUCAGAAGAUUUGAUUAUCUAUUCAACAGGUGAAUUUGGAUUUGUUAAGUUAGCUGACGCUUACUCUACAGGUUCAUCAUUGAUGCCACAGAAAAAAAAUCCUGACUCCUUAGAAUUAUUGAGAGGUAAGUCGGGUCGUGUUUUCGGUUCCUUAUCUGGUUUCUUGAUGUCUAUCAAGUCCAUACCUUCUACUUAUAACAAGGAUAUGCAAGAAGACAAGGAACCAUUAUUUGAUGCCUUGACUACUGUUGAGCACUCCGUUUUAAUUGCUACUGGUGUCAUAUCAACUUUAGCCAUUAACAAAAACAAGAUGAGAGAAGCUUUAACUAUGGACAUGUUGGCUACUGAUUUAGCUGAUUAUUUGGUUAGAAAGGGAGUCCCAUUCAGGGAAACCCAUCAUAUUUCUGGUGAAUGUGUUAGAGUUGCAGAGGAUUUGAAAUUAUCCGGAAUUGACAAGUUAUCUUUACAACAAUUCAAGGAAAUCGAUGAAAGAUUCGGAGAUGAUGUUACGGAUGUUUUUGAUUUUGAAGUUAGUGUAGAAAGAAGAACUGCAAUCGGUGGUACUGCUAAAUCUGCUGUCUUAAAGCAAUUUGAUCAAUUAGAAGCUGAAUUAAUAUAA